AUGGUUGCCGGCCCACCAGCCUCCGCGUUCACGCGACUUGAACGCGCCAUCCUCAGCCUUGUCGUCCGCCUCCAACAAACAUCUGCACUCUCCACCUACAACAACCCGAUUUGCAGACACCAACGCGCAAUGGCUCACUCCGAGAAAGCAAUCAUUGACGGGAUCUACGCCGCGAUCAAGUCCCUUCACUCCGCAGAUCCAGAAACCCUCACGGUACGCAAUGUUCGCAAUAAAGCCGAAGCAGACUUGGGCAUCGAGGCUGGCCUCCUCUCCAACGAAUCUUGGAAGGACAAAUCCAAGAAAAUAAUUAAGGAUUAUGCGAGCGAAUUGGCCGAUGCGACAGAAGCACCAGAAACUCCCGCACCCAAGCCCAAAGUAGUGAAGAAAGCUGCGCCCGCACCAAAGAAAGUUACUGCUCCGAUCAAAAAGGCUACGAAGAGAGCUGCUCCGGAACCGAAGGCACGCGCCACAAAGCGACAGAAGAAGGACGAUACGCCGAGCGAGGAUGAGACGUCUGAGCUUUCUGAAGUUACACCAACGGAGGAGAGCGAGGUGGAGUCUGAAUUCGGUGACUCGGAAGAUAGCGACGCGCCAAAGAAGAAGAAGAAGAAGAAGGGACCCAAGGCGAAAGGCAAGGGGAAAGCGGCAGCUCCAGCUAGGAGACAAUCGAAGAGCAAGGCAAAGGCUGACUCUGAAAGUGAGGAUAUUUCAGAGGAGGAGUCGGAAGCCGAGCUUAGCAUUGAGGACUCGGAUGACAGCGAAGCACCCAAAAAGAAGAGCAAAGUGAAGCCCAAGAGUAGGACGCCAGUCAAGCACCAAUCGAAAAGUAAGGCGAAGGUGGUGGACAGUGAUGGGUCUGAAGAGGAGGUUGACAGCGAUGCCUCUGCACCGAAGAAGAAAGCUACACCAAAGAAGGCAACACCCAGGAAGGUGAAUAAAGCCGUAGUAGAGUCAGAUGCCGAAUCGGAAGAUGGGAAAGAACCGGCACCUAAAUCUGUACCAACGCCUAAAGACAACCCCAGAGCCGCAGAUUCGGACGCAGAGGAUAAGGACAAGCCAGCAUCCAAGCCAGACGCAGGAUCUGAUUCAGAAAUGUCCAUCGUACUCGACCCAACUCCAAAGCCAAAACGCCAACGUCCCCCCAAAGGCGAAAAGAAAGCCAAAGCCUCCAAGGAACCUAAAGCCAAAGCCGCUUCCAAGGCCAAGUCUACCGCAGAUCUCUCACCAGACGAAGUACAGAUUAAGACCCUACAAUCCCAACUCGGAAAGUGCGGCAUGAAGAAGAUCUGGCAGUUUGAGCUCAAGCAAUACGGUGACGACAGUAAAGCCAAAAUCCGGCAUUUACAAACCAUUUUGAAGGAUAUUGGGAUGACGGGACGGUACAGCGACGCACGGGCGAGGGAAAUCAAGGAGAUGAGAGAAUUACAGGCGGAUUUGGAGGCUGUAAAGGAGGGUGAGAAAGCUUGGGGAUUGGAUAGUGGAAGGAGGAGUCGUAGCGCGGCUAUGAAGAAGAGUCUGAAGGAGCCUAGUGAUGAGGAUGACGAGGAGAGUGGUGAGGAAGGCGCUUCAAAGAAAAGGAAGUCAAGGAGUGCAAGUAAAGAGAAUGGCAGUGAUGCGGAUGAUCAACCGCCUGUGAGGAAGCGCAGAGUGAACCCAGAGUUGGCGUUUUUGGGGAGCGAGUCUGAUAGUGACGACUAA